AUGGCACAUCACUAUCCUCCACGACGCCGCUUCAUCAAUAUCGGCAGGCCGAAGCCAGUCUCGUCCUCCUUCAUUUUCCUCCACGACAGCAACUCCUCUUCCACAGCCCUCUCGCAGCAAUUCGCCCACGCGCUCAAACCAAAAAGCACGACAGACAUGCUAGGCUCUACAACGACAAACAUGCUCUUUCUCAACGCGCCCAUACACACAAUAACAACAACAACAAUCCUUCCUACCCCUCCGCCAACUCCUUGUCCGCAAACGCAAGAAGAGGAACCCCAUAAGCAGCACACAUGGUUUUCAACAAUCCAACCAAUAGGCGCAGACGACGACGACGACGACGACGACGACGUUCCAAGUACAGCCUCCUGGAACGAGCUAUCCCUCUGCAUGAACCUGCUCGAAAAGGCAGUCGUGAGGCAGUCCGAGCGAGUCGGUAGGGAGAAUGUCUUUCUCGUGGGCGUGGGCAUGGGGUUUGCGGUGGCGGCGACGUACGUGAUGCAGAUGGAUGAGCGGAUAGGGGGGUUGUUGGGGGUUGGAGGGUGGUUGCCGUUUCAUAGUGUGUUGAAGAGGGUUGGGGUUUAUGGGGAGGUGGUGGUGGUGGUGGCUGGUUUGGCGGAGUUGAGCGGCUAUGCGCAGUUUGAUAUGAAGAGGAUGGAUGAGAAGGGGGAGGAGGAGGAGGAUGAAGAAGAGGAGGAGGAGGAAGAAGAAGAAGAAGAAGAAGAAGAAAAAGAUGAAGAGGACGUGUUUGGUUCAGGAUACUCAACUCCCACCCUCUGCGAAGAACAACACAACGACCAAGCACCCUCCUCUGAGCUGAUGCUCAGACGCACAAAGGCCUUCCUCGAAUACAUCCUCCUACACGGAAAGCCACCCACGCACCCCCGAGUCUGCAACCGCAUCGACAGCUCCACGCCCGUGGUGCUCGUCCACGGAGCAGAGGACCAAGAGGUCGGCUUCACGUAUGCAAAGGAGGCGCAGGAGACGCUGCGCCAUUUCGGGUUCGAGGCGACGCUGAGGGUCGUUGAAGGGGAGACGCAUGAGCUGAGUCGGAGGUUGAUUGGCGACUUGAUGGAUGGCUUCAUGAGGAGGGGGCUGGGGAACGGGGACGUCAGGGGGGCUGUUGGGGAGAUGCUCUUGGAAGGGUGGUUGUAG